AUGGCUUCUCCCGCCAACGCUCUGCCCGAAGCAGACCAAGCAACUAAAGAACCAGUAGAAGACACUGACCCUAGCACUUUAUCCUCAGAAAAUAUAGAAAAGUAUCCUGUUCAAGAUACAGCAUUACCCAAAGAUGAAAAAUACCAAACAGAAAAAGUGACUUUGGAAAUUUCAUCCAUUAACAUUACAAGCCUAACAUCAGAUUCUGGCCUGAUACACCAGCCAGAAGAAGACGAUGACACUCAAAGUAGUGCGGGUGAUUCACCUAGAGCUUUGAAGAAAUCAUGUACAGAAGAUUGCUCUUGCUCUUUGUGUACAUCUCACCAGCCAAUCAUCAGUGACCUACUAAAUGAUGAGGACUUGCUGUAUAUGAUGAGGAUCAAAUUGGAUCCAUCCCACCCGACAGUGAAAAACUGGAGAAACUUUGCAAGCAAAUGGGGAAUGACUUAUGAUGAGUUGUGUUUCCUGGAACAGAAACAACAGAGUCCCACCUUGGAAUUUUUGUUACGGAACAGUGACAGAACUGUGGAGCAGCUGAUUGAUCUCUGUAAAUUAUAUCAAAGAGUUGAUAUUGAGAAAAUACUGCAGAAGUGGGUAGAGAAGGAAUGGCCAAAAAGAGGCCAUAGGGCCUAUCAGAAAAACUUAUAAAGGAGAAAA